CAUUAUUAGAAUUUGAAUAGAAGUGAUCAUGUUUUUGAGUCCUACACAAACUCGAAAACCUCAAUGCGUUACCGAUACUAAAACGAAGAUCAAAAAUCCUUAUAUACCAUAACCACACAAACUCCAAAUCAUUAUAUAAACACACUUCUAUGAAUUUAAUUUUAACAACAUUGUACAUUAAUAGCACUGAUUUGCUCUAAUGACAAUGGAUGUUUCACCUGGUGAUCAGCCAUCAGAAACCGCCAUAAACCACCAGCAAGUCCUCCCAAUAACCACCCCUACACCGCCACCAAAACCCCUGAAGAAGCUCACACUCAUCCCCCUGAUUUUUCUCAUCUACUUCGAAGUUGCUGGCGGGCCUUAUGGCGAAGAGCCAGCAGUGAAAGCAGCUGGACCCCUUUUCGCCAUUCUUGGUUUCCUGAUCUUUCCAUUUAUUUGGUCUAUCCCGGAAGCUCUGAUCACUGCAGAACUCUCCACUGCUUUUCCUGGCAAUGGCGGAUACGUUAUAUGGGCUCAUCGUGCCUUCGGACCCUUUUUUGGCUCGUUGAUGGGGACAUUGAAGUUUCUUAGCGUUGUCAUCAACAUUGCAGCUUUCCCUGCUCUUGGUAUCAGUUAUGUGCAGAAGUUGUUCCCUGUUUUCUCCUCUGGUUCACCCCGAAACCUGGCAAUGUGUAUUUCGACAUUAGUACUCAGUUUCAUUAAUUUUACGGGCUUGAAUAUUGUUGGCCAUGUCGCGGUUUUUCUAGGCAUUGUGUCUUUGCUUCCCUUUAUUAUCAUGUCUCUUAUGGCUAUCCCGAAAAUUAGUCCCAAAAAUUGGAUUUCUUUAGGCCAAAAGAGCGUGAAAAAAGAUUGGAAUCUUUAUUUCAAUACCUUGUUCUGGAAUUUGAAUUUUUGGGAUAAUGUGAGCACAAUGGCUGGAGAAGUUGAGAAGCCACAAAAAACGUUUCCAAUCGCGUUGCUUUCUGCUGUGAUUUUGACUUGUGCAGCUUACAUUGUUCCCCUGAUGGCUGUUACUGGUGUUGGUCACGUUGAUCAGAACGAAUGGGAUAGCGGAUAUAUGGCUGAUGCAGCGCGGAUGAUUUCUGGAGUGUGGUUGAAAUAUUGGAUUGAGGUUGGUGCUGUACUGUCCAACAUUGGAUUGUUCCAGGCCCAGUUGAGUUCGAGUUCUUAUCAGUUACUGGGGAUGGCGGAGUUAGGAUUUUUGCCUAAAUUUUUUGCCAGGAGAUCAAAAUGGUUCAAUACUCCCUACGUCGGGAUCUUGUUAUCAACUGCUAUAAUAUUAUCUGUGUCGUUUCUUGAUUUUACAAAUAUUAUUGGAGCGGCUAAUUUCUUGUAUGGUCUGGGAAUGCUGUUGGAAUUACUGUCAUUUGUCUGGUUAAGGUACAUUUAUCCGCAGCUUAAGCGACCGUUUAGGGUUCCAAUGAGGCUGCCCGGAUUGAUAAUUAUGUGUCUGGUUCCAGCAGUGUUUCUGGUGUUCAUUAUGGUGAUUGCUACCAAAGUUGUUUAUUUGAUUAGCGGAUUGAUGACAUUGGGUGCAAUUGGUUGGUACUUUCUGAUGAAGUUAUGCAAGGCGAGGAAGUGGCUCGAGUUCUAUGAUGUUGACGAAUAAUUAAGAUACGUUUAGGUUACAUAACGUAAUUACUUUUAAACUUGAUGUAUUGGAAACACAAGUAGAAAACGUGAGACAAAAGCUAGUAAUAAUAGUUUUUUUUCAAGUAGUUCUCGACUUCUUACACAAACAGUAAGAAUAAGUGUUUAUAACUUAUAAUUCAGAAGCCGGGCUUAUAAGUCCGUGUCAAACACCCACUUUGCUCUGCAUUUGCUUCAUGUGUGUGAGUUCAUCUGUAAAGUACCUGAGUUUUGGCUGUCACUUGUCACGGAUAUCUUCCUCAUCAUAAUGAUUUUUGCAGUCCAGCUUCCACA